UAAAAAGCUUUUAGUGAGAAGGCACCACUAACUUGGUAACCUCAACCAAAACCGAGUUGAUAAAGCCAAAACUACUAGUCUUUUUUCAAUUCUAAACAUUUAAAAAAAAAAUUAUUCUACCGAUUUACCACAGAUGUACGAAGGAAAGAUGAUGCGUAUAUACUAUUAUGAAGAGUGGACGAAACACGGAUAGUAUGAAUACAGGGUCGUGGAGACAUGCACAUACAAAAAUGGAAAAGAAAUGUAAUACUUUUGACAUUCCUGAUGUUCCAGCAAUGUUGGGCGUAACGGUUGAGAAAAGUAUGUGCUAAUUUACUAUUCUAAAUGAAGAGUAAGCAAGAAGGUUUUGAACGGUGAUAUCUUGUUCCUCUUUCUGGAUUGAAUAAUAUAUUCCUGAGUUUUAAAGACUAAUGCCUUUUAGACCACUAUCAUAUAAAACUAAUCGUUUGCUAUAUAUACGUAACAACCAUUAUAAUCUGAUUACUACAGAUAAAAAAGAAAUUACCAAAUAGAUUUCCUGGCCUCAUUUCUCUGUAUUAAUCCAAUAAGGGUUGCUACCAUGUGAACAGUUGAAAAUAGAGGAAUAAUGAAGAUUAUACGUAUGCAUGCGUGUGUGAUAUAUAUGUUUGUUACACGUGUGUGGCAUAUUUAUUCUUCUUGGUUUUACAGUCACCACUCUCGUCACUAGUUGGAAUUUCUUCUAGGACUCUUACUGAUGCUGAUGAUAUGGGAAAUACGAGCAUCUUGAUUUCAUUUCGCUUUGUAAGUAUCAAGAGUUCAGUAUAUUACUGCAGAUAUAUAAGGUUUAUAGUUUGUUCUUGUAGAUCAUCUCGAAUCAUGAUUUUCACAUUAUAUUACAAUAGGUACGGUGUAGGGUUAAACAUUUGUAGCAUAGAAAGUCCGAGCUUUUUAGACGCGUUGGUUUGAAACUUAGGAGAAGAAGCAAUUCAGUUGUUUUAGCUGAACUUUACAACCAAGUUGUUUUCAAAAGAAGAAAAAAAUAGAGGAAAAGAAGGGUUUAAGUGACAUCACAUAUAUCAUAAUUAAUACUUAAUUAUAGUGCUUUCCUUAAUUUUUUUAAUAUUUUCUUUACCUGCUUCUUCCAUUCAUGACUGUGGUCCACUCUGCGAGGAACCCUAAUUCAACAAGCAAUUCGAAUCUCUCUUUUUCUAGUUUUAAUUAAACUUUUGUAACAAUUUUCUUGUUUUUUUAAACACAUUUUUAAAUUCGUCGUUUUUAGCCAUUCUAUAAACCCUAGGAUAUAAGCUUGAUCCUUCAUGGAAUGAAACCAUAUAUAUACACCACGCAUGAAGAUCCGGAUUGGGUUAUCUAGGCACUGUUCGUUUGUCAAGCCUCAUGUGUAUAUGUUUAUACCUGCAGGUAAGGUAAAAAUGAGUUGAUAUGACAAUAUGGUAAUGCAAAUCAGGGUAUCAUAUUUCAUUUUCACCUACAGUUACUGAAUGCACUAAAAUAUCCUAUAGAAACCGACAGAUUUGAUGUCCUCAUUUGGUAAAACAUCUUCUUGUUUGAUUUUUCUCUAAUUCUUAAUUAGAUUUUGUUUUCUUGAUAUCAAGUCGUUCGAUUUGAAUUUUCUGCACGGAACCUAUGAUCUUCAUUAUAUAGAAGACACAGAAGAAAAAGACAAGAGCUCAAGAUAUGCCAUUGGGUGCAGUACUAAGGCGGAGGUAGAAAGUCUUAUAGGUUUCAAAGAUGGUGGAGAUAUAGAUCAUUUCCUGCACCCACCUCUCCCCUAACCAGCUCCACCCUAGUGGUCAAAACCUGUCACAUCAAGCCUGUCACCAUCAUCAUUAACAAAAUGCAGGGUUUGGUGCUAGGGCAUAUAUAGUGAUGGCUACUUAUGAACUGCUUCCCAAUUAAGGACAAAUAAAAGAUCGAAUGGUAUGUGUUUGUCCAUUGGAGACGGCUGUCCCCGAGAUGAUACCAAUGUUGCUUUAAGACAAGAGGAAGAAUUUACAUUGAAUGAUUUUUUCACACACUGGCGAAUAGGAAAGGUGCACGUGGUGAAUGGACAUGAAGAGAAAAGGAAGCUAGGUUUAAUAUAAAUUGGAAUAAGAAGCAGUUAGUGGUUGUGAAGGAAGGAAGGAGGCAAGCAACCAAAUCUCACAGAGACAAUUAUAACAGUAUAGAUCAGAAGGAAGAAAAGAAGAGAGAGAGACCGUUGUUGAUUAGAUAAAGAAGAUCAUCUAACAUGGGAAGAUCUCCUAGCUGUGAUGACUCUGGUCUCAAGAAAGGUCCUUGGACUCCUGAUGAAGAUGAGAAACUUGUCAACUAUGUCCAAGAGCAUGGUCAUAGUAGCUGGAGAGCCCUUCCCAAACUCGCUGGUCUUAACAGGUGUGGGAAGAGUUGUAGGCUAAGGUGGACGAACUACUUGAGACCAGACAUCAAGCGAGGGAGAUUCUCUCCAGACGAGGAACAGACUAUCUUGAACCUUCACUCAGUUCUUGGAAACAAGUGGUCAACGAUUGCAAACCAGUUACCUGGUAGAACAGAUAACGAGAUCAAGAAUUUCUGGAACACUCAUUUGAAGAAGAAGCUGAUUCACAUGGGUAUUGACCCAAUGACUCAUCGUCCAAGAACCGAUAUCUUCACCGGCUUAUCUCAGCUCAUGUCUCUGUCCUCUAACCUGAGAGGCUACGUUGAUCUGCAGCAACAGUUUCCAAUUGAUCAAGAUCACCACACUAUACUGAAACUCCAAACCGAGAUGGCCAAAAUCCAAUUGUUCCAAUACCUUCUUCAACCAUCAUCUUUCAUGAAUAGCGUUAACCCUAAUGACUUGGACUCUCUCAGUCUCCUUAACUCUAUUGCCUCUUUCAAAGAGACCAACAGCAACAAUCUCGACCACCUUGGUUGCCUCGGUUCAUAUCUUCAGGACUUCAACAGCUUACCACCCCUUAAAACCCUAAACUCCAACAUGGAACCAUCAUCUGUUUACCCCCAGAAUCCUGAUGACAACCACUUCAAAUUCUUCACUCAGAGAGAAAACCUACCCGUGUCCCCGGUCUGGCUCUCGGAUCCGUCCAUCUCAACUCAGAGUUUGAUGCCUUCUUGUGUUGUGACAGAUGAUCUGAUUAGAAACCAGUACGGUGUUGAAGAUGUCAACAGCAAUAUCACUUCUUCAAGCGGCCAAGAAUCAGCAGCUUCAGCUUCAGCUGCAUGGCCUGAUCAUCUAUUGGAUGAUUCUAUAUUUUCCGACAUUCCUUAGCCCUUCUUUUGGUCUUUUUCAGGUAUGUUUUGGAGGCAGUCAAAUCGAAUUUACUCUUGGAACUGUGCUUGUUGGAAAAUUUUAUUAAUUUGCAUAUCUAUAUAUAUUAUAGAGACAUCAUAUAUGUAUGUGCUCAUGUUGUAGAAUGUACAGCACAGUACAUAUUUCAUAACUCAUAUGCAUGUUAUUGUCAAUGUUCUUUAUAGCAUAUACAUGUCUGUACCCCUCACCGAGUUUUAAUAUAUAAAGAUUUUUGUGAA